UCCCUGGAAAGCAUGAUCAAGCCAGCAGUGGAUGACGUGGUGAGCUUCCUGCAGCAGCACGUUCAGGAGGACUUGGCACAGCUGACCAGGAUUUUGGGGAAGAGUGUGGAUGACACUAUCAACAUCCUGCACCUGGUGCUCAGCAGCCUCCUGCAGGCCCCCCAGCAGCAGCCAGGCCAGUGGCUGGUGCAGUUUGAUGAUGUUCUCUCCACCAAGGAGAAGAGAAACAAAUGGGAAGAAAUUGCAGACAAAAUUAUUGUUCCUGAAUUGAAGGAUUUGGAUAAAAAGCUUCUGAAGUUAAACCGACGGAUACAAGAGGAUGAGAGAAUCUCUUCCAACCCCAUAGUGAAAAUAGUGUAUGGGGACCCAGCUGCAUUCCUGUCCCAGCUGCCAGGGGACAGCCACAUCCACCAUUCCAAGAUGUGGAGCUGCCGCAGGAGGGUUUCUGUGGAGAACCUGGGCCACGUUGUGCAGCAGAAGAAUGCCAAGGACACUGUCCCUCUCCUCUGGAAGUUCCUGCAGAAG